AUGGUGGAGAUGGUGGUGGUGAAUGUGAGUGUUGAAUUUGAAUUAUCAAAUAAGCCAGUAUUCAGUGAUAUUGAACUUGCAGUAUUCUUCUUCUUGUUCUUCCUCUCUCUCUCUAUGAUUAUCAGAAACCUUGCACGUGCGGUCAUCCCACCCCUCCUCCUCCUCCUCCUCCUCCUCCUCCUUACAGUAACCAGCAGCUACGGAAAUCAAAACCAGCAAUUCAACAAUUCAUGUGGAGACAUCCACAACAUCACCUUCCCUUUCCAACUACAAGGCGACCCAUCCCACGCCGCUUACCACGAUGAUUUCAUCCUUUCCUGCGACGAAAACAAUCGCACAGUCCUUAACCUUUCAUUGGGAAAAUACUACGUGCAAUCAAUCAAUUACACCAACUCCUCAAUCCGUCUCGUGGACAUAGGAAUCCAGACCAACGAUAUUUGCUCAUCUUUCCCUCUCUCCUCUUUAACCCCUCUCGAUUUCUUCCACGGGGCUGGUCCUUACAGUUUCUUGCCGGGUACGGUGAUCAGCGUCGUGUUCCUCAGAUGUGGAAACCCAAUCCAUUCUCCUGCUUACAUAAACAGGACUGGUUAUUGUGUAACCGGAGACGAGUCGGGAAGUGGGUAUUAUUCGUAUGUUGUGGCGGGAGACGUUACGCUUUGGGAUUUUCCCGAUUCGUGCCUUCUGGAUCAGGUGGCAUGGGGUUCUUCGUCACGGUUGAUCAGUGAUCAAGGGUUGCUGAUUUUGUCGUGGUUGGAUUUGAAUAGGGAAUUGGCUUAUGGGUUUGAAGCUUCGUAUACGUGGUACUCUUCGCAAAACUGCAAAAUAUGCAAAGAAAGUUAUUACAAAAACUAUCAUUCAGAGGAUUCCUCCUAUAAUUGCGGUGAUUGCAAGUUCGAGCCUCCCUUUUUAAGUGAGUGA